AUAUCACAACUACCACCACUCUAAAAACAAAUAUUCACAUUUCACACACACCCCCCUUCAAAGAAAAAAAAAAAGAAAAAAUGGAGCUAACACUAGAGCAGCUGAAACAAUACGACGGAACAGAUCCAUCAAAACCCAUAUACAUCGGAGUCAAAGGUCGUGUGUUCGAUGUAAGCACAGCCACAUCUUUCUACGGUCCCGGCGGCUCAUACGCCAUGUUUGCCGGCAAAGAUGCGAGCCGGGCCUUAGCCAAGAUGAGCAAAAACGAUGAAGAUGUGAUCGGAUCCCUUCAUGGACUUUCUGACAAGGAACUGGGUGUUCUUGAUGACUGGGAAAAGAAAUUUGAAGCUAAGUAUCCAAUUGUUGGUUCUCUUGCUGCUGCUGCUUCAUACUAAAUAAAUUUCACUGCUUUUUUUAUGUUUCUUGAUCGAUGGAAAAUACUGUUAUGGGGUUUUUAAUUGUGUAUCAUGGCUGUUGUUUUAAUUAGUGAAGAAGCCUAAGUUAUGUAUGUGUGUGUUUGUCACUGUGUCAAGAUAAUAAUGUUGAAUCGUAUGGUUUGUUAAAUAAUGGAUAUUAUGUGACAUCUUUCUUA